CCCCAAUCACCCCAUUCCCUCGCAAAUAUACUGGCACUUCCUGCUUCAUUUAUCAUCCUCCUGCACCAACAUCAGCGAUAUGAUCAGACCAGCUAUUGUCAUUGUCCCAGGCUCCUGGCAUCGGCCGCAGCACUAUCGGCGUCUAGUCGACGGGCUGGCGAAAUUCAAUUACCAGGCAGUAGGUGUGACACUGCCCUCCGUGGACUCCAGCCCUCCCCUCAGCAGCUGGGCCACCGAUGCAGAGGCCAUCCGCAAGGUCAUCCUGGGCUACAUUGACGCAGGCCGGGACGUGAUCACCGUGGCUCAUUCUUUUGGCGGAAUCCCCAUGUCAGAAGCAGUCAAGGGCUUGGGCAAGAGCACCCGCGAAAGCGCAGGCCUCAAAGGUGGUGUUCUCCAGUUGAUGUAUAUGGCUGCCAUGGCACUGCCAGAAGGCCAGAACCACGUCGGGCAAAUCAAACCUCAGACGCCCGAAGAAGAGGAGCUCGAACGGCAGCGGCAGGAGUAUGUAGCGAAGCAUGGUGGGAUGCGCUUCACAGAGGAUGGAGCGAUGAUCGUGGACAGGGAAGCAGCGCGCGAGGUCUUCUAUAAUCGAUGCGACCCUGCCGACGUGGAGGAAGCGCUUGAUCUGCUAGGCUCGUACCCCGUCGGCCCGCUGUCCGUGCCAGUGACUUACACGGCCUAUCGCGGAAUUCCCAGUACGUAUAUUGUCUGCGAGAAUGAUAGGGCUUUGCCGCUUUCUGUGCAAGAGCGGAUGGUCGCUCAAAGUGAGGGAGCGCUGCAGGUUGAACGGUGUCAAGAAGGACACUCCCCGUUUUUGAGCAAUCCACAGUUCAUCGUGGAUUGCGUCCGCAGGGCUGCUGGGGAGGAUAUCUAA